GGCUACCGCACGGGCUACACGUACCGCUACCCGUUCGUGCAGGAGAAGAGCAAGCCCAAGAGCGACGUGCUGAUCCCCGCCACCGUCACGGCCUUCGUGUUCGAGGAGGAGCCGGCCGGGACCCCCGCCCUCCGCCAGCACGCCCACAAGCAGCAGAAGGAGAAGACGCGGUGGCUCAACACGCCCAACACCUACACGCGGGUCAGCCUGGCCGAGGAGCAGGGCAGCGCCGGCGCCCAGAGGACAAAGACCACGUGGCUGCGGGCAGACGAGGUGGAGAAGGGCAGCAGCGGGACCCCGAUCCGCAUCGAGAACCCCAACCAGUUCGUGCCGCUCUACACGGACCCGCAGGAGGUGCUGGAGAUGCGCAACAAGAUCCGCGAGCAAAACCGCCAGGACGUGAAAUCAGCCGGGCCCCAGUCGCAGCUGCUGGCCAGCGUCAUUGCCGAGACCAGCCGCAGCCCCUCCACCGAGAGCCACCUGGGGGACGCAGAGGCCAAGGAGGGCGGGCAGGAGGCUCCCCCCGAGCCAGAGCCCCCCAACCCCUUCAGCCAGCUGACGGACCAGGAGCUGGAGGAGUACAAGCAGGAGACCUCUGCUGGAAUGGCGCUGGCUUCAUCCCCAGGGAAAACUGUCCAUCGCUUCGCCAGGAGAACGGGAUUGCUUUUCCUGAAGGAGGAGCGGAGGUUUUUCCUCCCUGGAUUGUAAACCUUCCUCUCUCUCCGUGGGCUCAUGAACCACUUCCAUCCCCUUCUCCUGGUACCCCCAGCCCGUGUUUUGCCCACCCAAGGAAGAGCAGCAGGAUUUCCCACCGAUGGAAAAGCCCCCACCUCACUGCACGACCCGCACCUGGGAAAAUAGGGAAAAAGCACCCACACCCCUCCGGGAAUUGUCUGUGUUAUUUAAAAACUGAGCAAAGCUCACUCACUAAGUGCUACUUCGGGAUGAACACACGCUGCCAGCUCACAGCGACCCCGGCCACGCCGGCCCCCUGCUUUUCCCAGCUCUGGAAUUCCCAGCACAAAGUUCCUCCUUCCUGGCGUUCCCUUCCCUCCCAGCGUUACAGCCUCCUGCCCGUGCUCCCCAUAGCCCUUCCAGCGCUGGGCUUUGGGGAUAAACCACCGGGAUCAGCCCCAAAUCCUCCCCCUGGCCUGGGGCGCUCGCCCUGAGCCUUGCUGUGUCCAUGGAGGUUUGGAACAGCCCUGAACCCCCCGUUUGGGGCUCCCCCAGCCCAGCAGGGUUUCCCCAUGUGCCAUCACUGUGGUUUCAAACCCUUUCUCUGCUGUGAGACAGCUCCUGGGGGUUGGAUCCCCAUGGAAUAGGGGGUGGAAGCAGCAGGGAGAACCCAGACAGGGAUAUUGGGUUCCUGGAUUUUGGGAAGAGCCUUUGCCCUGCCCAGUGUCCCCCCCAGAAGACCCCACCCCACCCCUGCAGGAUGGGGGGCACUGGGGGGACACUCUGAGCCCCCAAACCCUGUCACUGGGGGGGCUGCUCCUCACUGCCACUGAUUCUGAGGCUCUUUGAGGCUGUUUUUGUCACCUGCGUGACCCAGGGCAGCAGAGCGUGCAGGGACAGCCGUGUCACCUCCCUGGGGUAGCACUGUCACACCUGGGGGCAAUUCCUGAAUGACAGCACUGCCACAGCCCCAGCCCAACCCGGGGGCUCCCCCAGGGGUUUUGUCCCCGCUUUGUCCCUGAAGGUGUGUCCCCACGGCCUUGGUCACCCCUUUUCUCCCCAGGGUUCUCUCCCCACGGCCUUGGUCACCCCUUUUCUCCCCAAGGCUCUGUCCCCAGGGCCUUUGUCACCCCUUUUCCCAAGGGCCACUGGCUUUGCAGGGGGACUCCAGGGUUGACCUCCCCACCCAUGAAAUUCCAGGUAGAAAGGGACGAAGGCUCCAGUGCCACCACCAUCACCAUGCUGGAGGUAAACAGAGCUAAUAUCACAUCCCAGGACCACCCCUCAGCCCAC